AUGCAGACCUCCCUGAAGCCGAGGCAACAGGUAGGGCGUCUGAGGACGUCGAUAAUAAAGGAGAAGGAAGAGGAGCUGGCGCUGUUUCUCGAGAUGCGAAAACGCGAGAAAGAACGGGAUGAUCUUCUCCUUCAGAACCCAGAAGAGUUUGAUGCUUCUCAUGGACUGAAACGGGGUACUUCUCCCAUAUUUAAUAAUGCAUCAUCCACACCGGCAAGGAAGACUGUUACUGAUGAUUUUCUGAACUCUGACAGUGAUAAGAACGACUAUGACUGGUAA